CCUUAGUUUGGACCCAACGGUGAGUCUACCACUUUAUUGAAGCGGGUGUCGCUAUCUUCAUCCCUACGUCCAUAGCUCCUAAUGCGCCUCCUAAUCUCUCCCGAGGUCCCUAGUCUGAGCGAAUCUAAUUUGGCGAUAUCUGUUCUCGCUACUACUGUGUGCUCGUUACGGAUAGCCUUGGCCUACUUUAACAUCACACCGGGUUUUUCCCAUCUUUUCAGCGCUAUGAACGAUAUGCUGCUUUCGGGAUUCUGGAUGUAUAGCGUUACCGCUCAGUCAUCUAGCGACCUUACGGACCCCGACCAUUUGAGUGUGCGACCGUGGUAUCUAGAGAAGAGUUGCAGUAUUCUCGAUGAAAAUGUCGUCGAAGUUUGCAUUCUUGCUAAAGCCUGUUUUGCGUUUUCGGUUUUAUCACUGUGAGUACCUCUUCCCUGACCUGGCUCGGUGGAAAGCUUCAUACUAAACGCCACCUCACGAUACUACAGGGUUGUUUUUUCCGCACGCUCUGUUGCUUCUAUUUUAUGGCUUGCAUACUGGUGUGGGCAAUUCCAAGUGUUUGAUGGAGGUGUAGAUAUACUACGUGAUCGAUUCCAGAGAAAAAUAGGUAGAAGUGGCGGGUUUACCAUCGCUAGCGCGCAAUUCGAUGAAUAUAGCGACAGUGUCACGGUGGAAGAAUCACAAAUGAGAGAAGUAGUUUAAAGUUUUUCAGUGGAAGGCCGACGAGAUGAACUGUUGGCUAUCUCGUUAUUGCGAGCUGAACUUCGUACUGGAACCAACCGGUACCUACCUAGGUAUGCUUUGAAGUUUGAACGACUAUUUGGGUAGCUAGAAUUCUGACAAGUUCUAACCAAGAUAUUGGAUCUUUCAACAAUGAGCAAGUUAUCGUGUUUUGUGACCAGUUACGUGUAGAUAGCGCGUGCCACCAACCGGUAUUGAGGGUAUAUGCAUGGUGGAGCUGUAACCGUGGUUAGCAUCCCUGCACGAUUCCGCUGCAGAGGGAUGGUCAGUUGAUAUAUCCACACCCUCACCCCCCGCAAUGUCCCUUUUAGAUG